GGAAUCACUCGUUCUUCCAAACCACUAUCAUGUGCGACGACGCCGCCAUCGACGCGGUCAGCGACUUGUCCGCGCAGGCACAUGCGCUGCUGGAGGAAGCUUCCAAGUUGACAAGCGCUGUGUCUGUGACGCUGACCAAGCUUCGCUCUGCCAGUUCACAUCCACAACAGCCGAGCCAAGACCAGGAGGCCACCGCCGGCAGGCCACGACUCGAUGAGGAGGCCACCGCAGGCAGGCCACGACUCGACGAGGAGGUAGCCCAAUCGAACGAUAAGGAGGCCACCGCCGGCAGGCCACGACUCGACGAGGAGGCAGCCAAAUCGAGCGACAACGACGCACAAGUCAUGCGCACGAUGGAGGCGCGGGUGCAACGUGCGGAAGAGAAGGCGUCCAAGCUGGAAAGCGCCUACCGCAGCUUGUCUGACAAGUACUUGCAGGCGAAGCACGAUCGCGACGCCAGUGUCCACCGGUUUUGGAAUUGGCUCGCGUGCCACGUUAGUGUCGUUGGCCCCGACCAGGCAUCCCUCUUGGCUCAAGCAUGGGGCUACGAGUGUGGCCGGGACGCUAGUAGCAGCCUCGAUCCAAACGAUGCAAACGAGUGCAAGCGACUGUUGGACGAGUUCAAGGCGUCGUCCGGGGUGUAUAUAUUGCCCAUUCCACCAGUGGUGUCUGCUCCAGCUUCGUUGCCGUCGGGGCAGUCAAAUCGCACGGUCGAUGACGGGGAGCCUCCCGACAAUCUUGAUGGCCCCACCCCCCAACUAUUAGGAAAUGCUUCGCCGCACCCCGAGCCUGGCAAGUGCGACGCGCCAGCAGACCCUUCAGCAGAAAGGAAAAAGUCGAAUGGAAUGGUUCACAUGAGCGAACGCAAAAGUCCGCCUACGGUCCACGACGAAGUCAAGACCCAGGCGGCAGUUGUUCCGGAGAGGCGACUCGGGUCCAUGGAUUUACUCCUCGAGGCGGCCACAGCCCGUCAACCCAUCACACGAGACAAGGUGGCUACACAUGGACUAGCAACCUCCUCCCAAUCUCAAGCAAAUAAUGCGACUAAGGCUGUGAACACCACGACGUCAGCAGCAUCUGCUGGCACUACUACCUCCCUCCCCACGCCAUUCGCUGGCCCCCAAGUUUCCAUGCUGCCGGCAACCCCAGCCAUGGCCACUGGUGGGGAUGCUUCCAUUGCCAGGUCCGUGAGCACCACCGAUCGAAACGGCUCAGCUCGGCCAGGCUGUUUUGGUGCUAGCUGCGUCGUUCGAGCAGUCCCCGCGGCUACAUCAUCCCUCGUCGUACACAUGACACACACCAAAGCAGCUCCCUCAAGUGCGUCCGGGCUCUCUCCGACUAACUCACUUCUAUCCCAUCACAAGGUCCACAAGCCAUUCACGUCAUCGCAUGAUUUCUCUACGGGUGAUGACGAUGGCGAGAAAAGUGCGGUCGACGGUUCCAUCCCGCUUAUACCUUCUCAUGUACUCUCCGUCAUGCAUUCUUCCCUUCGGGACCCGACGACGGGGCGCAAACUGUGUAAUUUCCCAGGCUGUGUCAAGUUUUCUCGCUGUCGGGGGGUGUGCACACAGCAUGGUGGCCGGCAGUACUGCGAUACCCCGCAGUGCGGCCGUGUGGUCCAGUAUGGAGGCAAAUGCACCACCCACGGCGGCGUUAAGCCGUGCGACGUCCCCGGUUGCCUCAAGUCUGUGCAGUCCCGAGGCAAAUGCAAGACUCAUGGCGGCGGAGAUCGGUGCAAAGCGCCAGACUGCACGAAAGGUUCCAUUUCGAACGGCUUUUGCCGGGGCCACGGAGGGGGGCUGCGGUGUUCCGUGGUUGGAUGCACAAAGUGGUCCCAGCGCCAAGGCAUGUGUGUGCGUCACCACCACAACCACGUCGCAGACAUUACGUCCGACAUGUCUGACAUGUCAUAGUCCAUACAAGUACUGGCCAUUGGAUAAAAGGCACGAACGCAGGAAUAGAAAUUCAUAAUUUUAUCCAAUGAUGACGCUGUUAGAGGCAUAUUUAGCCAAUUGAAAGGAC